GACUUAUAAUCCAAAAUUUGUUCUUCCACUACAGCCACUCGAGUCAAAAUAAUCGGCCAGGCCCUACAGAUAUUGUUUCCAAUGUGUGGCUUUGAUUCAUUUACUGAGGAAGCAUUGGCCACCGACACAAACUGAAAUUUCAAGGAUCAUCAGAACAGAAGCAGAAUUCUGCUGAUCCUUUUCGACUUAAUCAAGUAGGCAUAUAUAUAGCCAAUUGUAGCAGCAACAACAAAUUCUGCUUUCUUGAUUUGGCCCUUUCUCCAAUUUUCGAGAAGCAUGUAAUGGCGUUUAUUCUGGAUCUUACAUUUUCCUCUCUUCUUCCCGUGGCUUUGCUACUUCUAACCCUUUUUAUAUGGUUCUAUGCUUCUUCUAAACCCCAACAAAGGCUACCACCUUCUCCAUCAAAGUUUCCAGUUGUUGGAAAUCUUUUCCAACUCGGGUUAUAUCCUCACCGCAAACUUCAAUCAUUAUCAAGAAAAUAUGGUUCCCUCAUGCUGGUUCAUUUUGGUAGCAAGCCCGUGGUUGUUGCCUCUUCAGCUGAUGCAGCUUGUGAAAUCAUGAGAACCCAUGAUUUAGUCUUUGCUAACAGGCCUAAAACAAGCAUGAAUGAUAGGCUUCUAUAUGGCAGCAAGGAUAUCGCAUUCUCACCUUACGGUGAGUAUUGGAGGCAAGUGAGAAGUAUUUGUGUGCUUCAGCUUCUAAGUCAUAAGAGGGUUCAAUCAUUUCGAAAUGUAAGAGAGGAAGAGACUUCACUUAUGGUUGAAAAAAUUAGAAAUUUUUCAGCUUCUUCGCCACCUUUAUCAGCCAUAAACUUGAGUGAUCUUCUUAUGACACUCACAAAUGAUGUGAUUUGUAGGGUGGCCUUGGGGAGGAAGUACAGUGAUAGGGAAGAUGGAAGCAAAAGUAUGCAAAUCAUGAAGGAAUUUAUUGAGUUGUUAGGUACUAUUGAUAUAGGAGAUUUUGUUCCAUGGCUUGGAUGGUUGAGACAUCUUAAUGAUUUGGAUGAUAAAGUGGACAAAGUUGUUAAGCAACUUGAUGAAUUUCUGGAGGGUGUCAUUAAGGAGCACAAAGAUAUGAAAAAUGGAAAGGCUAACACUGAUGAUAGUAUAGAGGGAAAAGGCUCAGAUUUGGUGGAUAUCUUGCUUGAAAUUCAGGGGGAAAAGUCGACAGGCUUUAUACUCGAACUUGACAGUCUCAAAGCAAUCAUUUUGGACAUGUUCGCUGCUGGGACUGAUACAACACACACAGUUAUGGAAUGGGCAAUGACCGAACUCUUGAGGCACCCAAAAAUCUUGGAGAAAUUGCAGACUGAGGUGAGACAAGUAGCUCAAGGAAAACCAGAAAUCACUGAGGAUGAUCUAGACAAAAUGGACUACUUAAAAGCAGUGAUCAAGGAGACUUUACGACUUCAUACGCCAAUCCCACUACUCGUUCCUCGAGAAUCAACACAACACGUUAAACUUAUGGGGUAUGAUAUACCG